AUGAGUGUGUCUCACUGUAGAUUCUAUGAGAACAAGUACCCCGAAGUCGAUGAGGUUGUGAUGGUCAACGUCCAACAAAUUGCAGAAAUGGGUGCAUAUGUGAAAUUACUUGAGUAUGACGAUAUUGAAGGUAUGGUUUUACUCUCUGAACUUUCAAGAAGAAGAAUCAGAUCCAUCCAAAAAUUAAUUAGAGUUGGAAGAAAUGAAGUUGCCGUUGUCUUAAGAGUCGAUAAGGAAAAGGGUUACAUUGACUUAUCAAAACGUCGUGUCUCAGCUGAAGAUAUUGUUCAAUGUGAGGAACGUUAUAACAAAUCAAAGGCUGUUCAUUCUAUUGUCAGAAGAUGUGCAGAAAAGUAUAACGUGCCUCUGGAAGAUUUGUACAAGUCCAUAGUUUGGCCAUUAGCUAGAGAAUACGGCCACGCCUUUGACGCCUUCCGUAUCUCAAUUACAAAUCCUUCAAUAUUUGAUACACCUGAAAUUAAAGCUCCUUCUGUCGAACUCUUGGAAGAUUUGAAGGAAAAUAUCGCUAGAAGGUUAUCUCCUCAGGCUAUCAAAUGCAGGGCAGAUAUUGAUGUCUCCUGUUUCUCUUACGAGGGUAUCGAUGCUAUCAAGGAAGCUUUGUCUUCGGCUGAAUCAUUGUCCGAUGAAAAUAACCAAAUCAAAGUUAAAUUAGUUGCUGCUCCUAGAUACGUUUUAACUACUCAGUCUUUAGAAAAGAACAUGGGUAUUGAGAUCUUAAAUAAGGCCAUCGAACAAGUUACUAAUGUAAUCACCAAAUAUGGUGGUGUCUGUGAUGUCGCAAUGGCACCAAAAGCUGUUACUGCCACUGAAGAUGCUGAAUUACAAGCUUUAUUGGAGAGAAAGGAAAUGGAAAAUAAUUUGGAUUCUGAUGAAGAAGAUGAAGAUGACAGCGACAAUGAUGAAUAA